AGCAUCUGCUCUGGGGGACCUGCUGUCUAAGGAGGAGGUGAUACUGCUGCAGAACUAAUGGGUCAGAACUAAUGGGUCCUGCUGAGAUACUGGUCCAUCAGCAGCUGCCCCAAGGUGUUGACCCCUGAUGUCAGCCCUGCUCAAAGCACUUCCUUCUAUCCAUUCAUUAUAUACUUACUGAAUUAUGGGCUGUAUAAUAUUGGAAUGGAAGAAGAUUCUGACAGGGCAGUGGCAUUCCACUCUUGCACUUACGUGAAUGAUCACAUUGGCUUCUGCGGCAGCUUAAAAACGUUCCCAAAGGACUUUGUAGUAACAGAAAUAAAUGCAUUUGGGCAGUUAGUUAAUGAGACCACAGCAGAUUCUCCUGAUAAACCCUGUGAGAGCCUGUCGGAACAAGCUGGGAUCUGUCAACAGGAUCCCAAAAGGCUGAGACUGAGUCGUCAAGAACUGUGCACAGAUGAGGAAUAUUGCAACAUUCAGGAUGAUGAUGUUCACUGUUCCCUAGAAUGUCUUUCUUUCUCUAUUGGAGAAAGUGAAGAAUAUAAAGCUGAUAAUGUACCUGAAAACCUCCUUGCCAAAGCUGUUACCCUGGACUCCUUAUUAGAUAAGCACUCAAGGGAGCAACUUGAUCAGUUUGCUUGCCGUGUGAAAGACAUGUGGGAACCUAAAUCUGAACUAGCGGUUCCUCCAGAUGAAUUUUCUCUUGGUCCGGUCCUUGACAAGAAGAAUCGAGCCAGCUUGCAUGGUGCCAUCAGACAGGAAUACCCUUUCUUAGCCACGGUGACAAAAUGUGGCGAGAUUAUUGUAAAGGCAAAUCAAGACUACCAAGAUCUUUGCCAGCUGGUGUCUGAAGAGGAAGCAUGUGGCUUUAUGAAAUUUUUAGAUGCCAAACUAGAACAAUCAAAGUUUGCUUUCAGACCUGAUGGAGAUAAGGAACACCGGAAGGUGGUUCACCACUUUAUCAGUAAAAAAUUUGGCAAGCUUGUGGAAACCAAGUCUUUCACCGACGCUCAACAAAAGAUGGUCAUUAUAGUAAGGUUUCGUGAGAAAAGUGGUUCAAGGAAAAGGCCUGCUGCUGACAGUGGGAUGAGAAAAGAAAUUUACACAGCUUUUACUCUGCGGAAAGAGAACCUGGAAACGCUUGAAGCAAUUAGCUUCUUGUCUGCUGAACUUGGCGUGCUCCCUUCAGACUUCAGUUACACAGGCAUUAAAGACAAGAAGGCCAUUACGUACCAAGCUAUGGUUGUGAAGAAGGUGAUGCCUGAAAGGUUGAAAGAAGUUGGAAACACCAUUGGGAAAAAAGGAAUUGGUGUGUCUAAUGUACACUCUGCUAGUCAGCCGCUGAGACUUGGUCAGUUGCAAGGAAACCGUUUUGAUAUAAUUGUAAGAGAUUUAAAACUUCAGAGCAAUGACUGUUCUGCGAGCCUAAAGGAGAGAAUAUAUGAAGCAACUGAGAAUGUCAAGAAAAAUGGUUUUAUAAAUUUCUUUGGACCUCAGCGAUUUGGACAAAGGCAGACUAUACAGACAGAUCAAAUUGGAUUGGCUCUGCUGAAUGAAGAACUGGUCAAAGCGGUGAAAUUGUUUUUCACACCGGAAGAUUCAGAUGAUCCUGUAAAUAGAGCGAAGAGAUACUUCCUUCAGACCGAGGACGCCAAAGGUACCCUCUCAAUGCUGCCUGACUUCAAAGUCAGAGAGACAAUGCUGCUGCGUGCCUUGAACCGCUAUGGUGUAAAUCACGAGGGAUGUGCGCGAGGGUGGCUCAGCAUUCCUCAUUCCAUGCGUAUUUUCUACGUCCAUGCAUAUUGCAGUAAGAUUUGGAACGAAGCCGCUUCCUACCGGAUUAAGAUCUACGGUACAAGAGUUGUGACUGGCGACCUCAUCUUUUCGGGAACACGUUCUGAAAGCUCUUCGCUGAAUGACAAGGUCCACGUAGUAACAGCUGCAGAAGAAGAGGCCAAAGAAUAUGCAAUAAAUCAGGUGAUUAUCCCAAUGGCUGGCUACAACGUCCGCUAUCCCACUAACCAAGUCGGGGAGUGGUAUCGCAAAAGACUUGCCCGUGAUGGGCUGCAGAUGCGCCAUUUCAGGCUUCCUUCAUUACAGCUGAACGUGCCCGGGUGCUACCGACAUCUCCUGAAGUAUCCGCACGAUCUGUCGUACAGUUUUUUAAAAAGCGGCGAAGAACCAAUAGGAACUGGGGACAAUUCCCCGAUAGAUCCCGAAACUUCUCUUUCAGUGUCGUUUUGGCUCGAUCCUUCGUGUUACGCAACUGUUUGUUUGGGGGAAAUAAUGAAGUGCAGUCUUUAAA